AUGUUUAAAUUACUGAUAAUUAUUAUUAUUGUAUUGGCAACACUGGUGAUAAAAUGUUCUUCUAUUGAAGAAAAAUCUAAGACUGCCUUAUUUAUUUCAAUUCCAUUUAUAGGUCAUCUCAAUCCAUUAUUACGUCAGGCAAAUGAAUUAUAUCAACGUAAUGGUAAUAAAUAUAAUAUAUAUAUAAUCAGUUGUUCAAACAUGAAAAAACAUGCGGAAAGAAAUUGUUUAAAUACAACAAUAAAAUUUAUUGAUAUUGGUCAAUGUUCCAAUGAAACUGAACUUGAAUUAGUAACUAACAAUGCUAUUAUAAAUCCAAAUUCUUUUUCCAGUAAAUUAACAUUAGUAGAAAUAAUCUUGAAAAAGAUCUAUCCUCAAAUGUAUGAACAAGCAAUGAAGAGCAUUAAUCCAAAUAUAUUUGUUGCGCAAGAAAAGAUCAUAGCUAUUAUCGAUAUAAUAACGUUUGCUGGAGUUGAUAUUGCUGAUUAUUUUAAUAUUCCUUAUAUAAUUAAUAAUGCUGAUCUUUUACCAUAUCUUUCUUGGUAUGAUGUUUUACCAUCGGAUUAUAAUCCCACUAUAUUGCAUCAUCCUCCUCAAAGUAUUCAUACCAUUGAGAGAAAUUUAUUUUUACGCACAAUAUUACCUAUAACUCGUUGUCUCUUAACGAUAUAUACAUAUGUUCAAUUUGAUCGACCUUUAGAUUAUAUCAGACAAAAUAAAUUUCAUUUGAAUAAUUCAGUUAAUUUUGUAUCACGUUAUUAUUCCCAUAUGAUUUUAGUUAAUAGUGUUUUUGGAAUUGAAUAUGCUCAACAUUUACCACCAUAUGUCCAAUGUACUGGACCAAUGUUUUCAGUGAAACGUACUUCGGAUUAUUAUUUAAAACAACUAUUAGAUGAAGAUCGACAAUGGCUUGAAAUGGAUUCUCGUCCAAUAAUUUAUAUUAAUUUUGGCACGGUAGUUUUAUUAACAACUGAGCAAAUCGAAAAGAUAUAUCUUACAAUAAAAUCAUUUGAUAAAUAUCGUGUUAUAUGGAAAUUAAAUCAAAUUUAUGAUUUUCCUACAGAACUACCAUCAAGAAUUCGUAUUGUUCCGUGGAUUUCAUCUACUUUGGGUUAUCUGGCUCAUCCAAAUGUUCAAUUAUUUCUUUCUCACUGUGGUAUUAAUAGUGCUUAUGAAAGUAUUUGGUUGGGAACAUCUAUUCUUUGUAUACCUUUUCUUGGUGAUCAACAUGAUAUGGCACAACGUCUCAUCGAUGCUAAUGUAGGUCGAUCGCUAGAUAAAUUAACUUUUACACCAGAAGAGCUCAGAGAAACAGUUGAAAUCAUGUUUAAAGAAGACGAAAUUUUAUUUAGACAAGAAAAUAUUAAACGAAUACAGAGGAUUAUACGAUUACAGGGUGGUGUUGAACGUGCAGUUGAUUUAAUUGAAAUGGUAGCUGAUUAUGGAUUUCAAGCAUUUAUACCAAUUGAAAAUUCUUAUCCUUGGUAUGUUUAUUAUAAUUUUGAUGUUUAUACUAUUUGGUUAUUAUCUUCUCUUGCCAUACUACAAUUCAUUUUACGUUGUUGUUGUUGUUGUUGUUGUUGCUGUUCUUAUUAUCGUCGUCGUACUCGAUCAGAUGAAACAUCAAUAAAAAUGAAAACUUCAUAA